UGCUCUCAACCGAUGGUGCACGCUUCACGCAAGCAGCCAGUGGCUCGCGGUCUGCCGAAAGGUACACAACGGAAACAUUUCGGCGGCGCUGUGUUUGCAUGAUUACCUCUCGAGUGCUAGUGGAAAGGGGCAUAAAGGAAUUUAGCUUGGAAAUCCGAUCGUGCAAACACAGUCUAAACCUCUUGAGUCGCCUCCUAAAACAGCUACGUGGAAAUCACCGAAGGGGAGUCGAUUUAUGCAAACUUGGAUGAUCUUUUGAACCGAUACCGAGUUGCGUGGCUUGUUGAUCCAUUGGUCCAUGGUUGGUAUCACUGUACGUCUUUAACCGCGUGCGAGGCUCAAAGGCUUGAAGACGAAACUUAAACAGGGCUCCUGCCGUCUUUACAUCGCGAUUUUUCCUGGAAAGCAGUCAGCAUUAAGUACCGAGAAAGCAGGUUGUCACAGACAUAUAAGUUUCCCUUGGCUGCAGGAUUCCUUGAAACGGACGAAGUUGUAUCCGGUUUACAAUAUCUCCCAAGUUUCAGAAAGGGAUAUACAGCAAGCCCAGGUUGUUAUCUACAAGCUACGAACACACACGAAACAUUUUCAGUGGAUACUUGGUCUAUUAUCUUCCAACCUGCUAAGGAUUAAUCGGUGUAGGUGAAACAAGAUGUUUCCUAAGAGAACAGUUCCAGAAGUGCCCGAGAAGAAGGACACAACUGUCUACAUCUUUGGCGAGAAAGAUGUACAGGUUGCACUGUCCAGAGCAAGCCGAACCGAGGUCAAAAGAGCCGUCAUCUGCGCAUGCGCUGUUGUCGUGACAACCCUCAUCCUUGUCGCUGGUACCCUGGGCGCCAUUGCGCUGUGGUUGUCCUUCCACCACAUGCCGCAUGACGGUCAUUUCGUGGGGUUGUUCAACGGCGACAGCGACAGCGCCAAGCCGUCCUCCCCAGGCGACAGAAUCGACGACGGGGGGCUCUGGCCACUUGGGGGCGAAAGUCAUGCUGACGUCACGGAGUCAAUCACCGAGGUGCCUGAGGCGGCCACGGGUGCGGGCGACAUCCUGAUCGACGGAAACGACCGGAGCCCUGCCCAAUCAGAAACGACGACGGUCAGGCCGCGCGUGAAGCAGACCCCGCCAACAGCGCCCCCUACCGGCGGCCAUCACGACUCCUCCGAGUGGGACAGUUUCUCGGCGCCGUAUUCGGUCUUGUCCGAGCAGGAUCCGAGUGCGUCCGCAGACUCAUACGACAGCUUGCCCAGCGCCAGCGACGUGUGGGAUGAGGCGGGUUCGGGUAGUUACUUGGAUGGGUCCGGCAGUUACACGGAUCAGGAUGACACGGAUCAGGAUCAGGAUGACUCGGACUACGCGGAGAUUCCGUACAGAUCAUCAGGCACGUCAGGUGGGAUGACGUCGUGGCUCGGAUCGUCCUCCUCCUCCUUCCCCGGGGAAUCCCACGGUUCCGCUUACGACUUUGGGACAUCUGACACGAGGAGUGAUCCGGACUGGGAGAGGAACGAUCAAGAAUCUGGGUCGGGAUCUGGAGAUGCAGAAACGAGUGGGGACAACAUUGUGUACGCCGUCGACACUCACACCAUGGACGGGGACAAUGCUCGUCCAGUGCUCCAAACUCCACAAGAAUUCACGGUGGUCCGGUACCCUGUCCCGGUCUCGUAUUACCACACGCUUUGCACAUUGAAUACCUGCACGUUGGGCUUCACGAAGGGAGAGGACAGGGUGGAGGUGAUCGAGACGGACCUGCGGAUGAAACCACAGAAGCUGACGGUCCUCAGGAAAAGCGGCGGCAGACUCUUCACGAUCAUACGAGACGAGGACCAGGGCUACAGAGCUGUCUUGUUGUACGAGAGUGGGUUAUGCCUUUUGACGAGACUUGAAAACACCGACAAUUUGGACAUCCGCCACAACUCGGCUAUGCCUAUCGUCGAGAAGCUGCGGGUGACUCUCCCCGUGGAGCUACCGGAGCCACUGCUGAGCCAGAUCGGCGGUCCCAUCAUGGAGACGUGCCGUGACCUCCCAGUCUUCUGGGCCCAACAGGUCGGCGACAGCGAUGACGUCAGCUUCAUCAACAGAAUCCGACGCAGCAGCGCGCCCUCCCGAGGCGACCCCGACGACGAGGACGAGAACGGGAUGACCCUAGGGGGCGGUAUUCACUUUCAGUGUUGCUGGUGCGCGGACGAGGACGAUCCGUGCCCGUGCGAGUGUGGGCGUUUCUAGUCGACGUAUUCCAACUGCUGUCCUGCCUUUGUACAUAUUUUUAAAAAUACUUGCAUACUGUUUACUUUUGUCAAUGUCAUAUAAAUAUAUAUUUUUAAAAGCAAUAAGACGAUCCUCUUUGUACGACUCAGGCCAGCCAGCUGUACAUUAUUGCCUUUUUUUUUGCUGCAGCGCGGUGUGUAUCCUUUGUUGGCUCCGUGCACAAGUACCCCGUCAACGGUAAGAAAGGGAGAGUUGAAGAGACCAUUAAACAGGACCUUCAGACUUUUAUUGGCAACUAGUACGGAAGCUGUAUAAAAUGGUCAUUCUAUAAAUGUGGGGUCCUAAAGUGUGACAUUUUUAAAUAGUGUCCGUGUUACACCUGACCUGUGUGUAAUUUGACACGGAAAUAUCAUUGAAAUUGACUUCAAACUAUUUUAAAAUGUUUAGCAGGUACUUUGCAUUACAUAAUCACUCUUAGGUAGAAGCAUAAAGAAUGUGUUCUAAAUGUACACAAUGUAAUGUCAGAUGUAACAGGGACACCAACGAAAAUUUGCCCCCCAAUUUUUGACUGACCCAAAACAAUUUCUAAAAAUAUUUCAUAAUCAAAACAGUUAGAUGGCCUGACGUUUCGUUCUUUCUUUUUGUCGUCCGUCGGUGAAAGACUAAUUGUGUUGAAACAUUAGGCCGUAUAGUACUAGCUUGAUAUGAUUUUCAUACAUGUACUUUUGUUCAAUCCAAUCGGUAAGCUAUUUUCAGCAUGUUUAUUCACUUUUCAAAAACUAUUUCAGGUUAUUGUUUCGACGUAUCAUAGUAAACACUCGUGUGUCUUACUGUCAGUGAUUCCACUAUCAUUUACUGCUUUCUUUAAAUCGAAAGCAGGCGUUAUACCCUUGUAUAUAUUUCUUACAUAACCAAAAAGUUACUGUUUAACGUCAUUUCAUUAUAUGUAUUUUGUAUUCAACGUAUAAUCACAAUCGCCGUGAGAGUACAAUACACAAACAUUUAUAUACAUGUAUUACAUUUUUGUAUGGAAUCAGCGAUGGACCAGAACAAUUUGUGUUAGCAGUCGACGUAAGAAUUCAAAUCAAAAUUCACAGAUUUAUUUACAACAUGCUUUAAAAAAGGAAAGAGAAAAAUAGAUAUUUUGAUUUCGACUUACACCGAGUUUCCUGUCUGAAAUUACACCACAUGGGGGCGCCCUUCAGGAUAUAGAUGUGUAUAUAUGUAGCCUCGGCUUACAUCAAAACGGCACAUUUUAAAAGCUUUUGUACUUUUCAGUGCUACUGAAUGAAUGCCCUUUUUUGGUUGGGAUGUUCGAAAAAUACCUCAAAAUCUGCCCUUGUUUUCUCAUGACAAACAUAAGAUGCUUCAAUGGCCAAUGCCCCCGGUUAAAAAGUGUGUGUGGGGG